UGAGACAUUUCCACUCUACUACAAACAACGAAGACAACGCCGAGACUGAGAAACAUGGAGCAAAUACAUGAGGACAUUUGACGAAGGAGACCCAAAAAUGGCACGUACUUGCCAGAAAAUGAAGCGACACCACAUCGACGCCUAUCUGUCACUGACAAAUACGCGAAAUCUGUUGGUUUUCGACGAGGAAUACCAGAAUACGUGAGGAUUUCUGUCAACAUCACCGCCGUAAUCCGAGAAGAAGUGAGAAAAAAUGGCCACGGUUGUUGGUUCCGAGAAGGGUUCUUCUGAACGGACGGCGAUGGAGAGGUUCGGUAGCGGAGGGAUGGCGCUUCUGCCUUGGACCAAACAGAUGCUCACCGUACUGUGGGAACAGCUUCGGCUGCUGGUUCAAGUCAUUUACUACACCUUCAUGUCGGUUUUCCAGAUGUUCCGGUUUGAGGUUCACGUGAGAAUCACAGACGAGACGGGUCAGCACAUCCAGCACAUGACCAACGCCACAAACCCGACUGAAUCCUUCCUGUUUUCCUCACUGUUUGACGGAGACAACGGAGUGAUGGUUGGAGGUUCAAAUCCCCUCUCAAACUUCUGUGCUGACGUGGGCGACUCCUUCGCUGGGAAAUCCACUGCUGAGGCCCUGCUGUCCAGUCUGCGUGCCGACGACCUGUGCUGUGGACUGGUGGAUGAUUUUGUGUCCAGAACAGCUGGCAAAGAAGAGAGCAUCUUUCUGGGACACCAAUCAAGCUGGAAAAUGGGCUUCCCUGGCGACUGGAAAGUUUUUGUAUCAAGCAGCGAUAGCUCCAGUUCUAACGACGGCUGUCAUAGAAGUAGUGAGAAAGUCUUCAAACAGGAUAUUUCAAAGGAGAAAGUUUUUAAACAGGACACUUCAGAAGAGGAGAGAAGUUUUCACUGGAGUAGCGAAGAAGACCAGAACGUAGUUGAAUUUGACAGUGAGGAAAGUAAGGCGCUUUGGGAGUCCCUGUCAAAAUCCAGUGAUCCGUACAACCCCUUCUUUUUCUCUGCGUGUAUUUCAACAAACACCAACAUGGGGAAAAGUAAAGGCAAAGCGAUGGACAGUGAGGCUGACCUCAUGUCAGUGAGCAAGGCCAGCGAGGAGAUGUUGGGGCCUAGAGGCCUCAACAUCUGGGUCAGCCGCUCUGACAGCGAGAGCAGUUGGAGCAGCUGGGCCAGUUCGGACGGUUCAAGCCCCGACAUUGACGAAGAGAGCGAGAGGCUCUUGGAGUUCUUUAGCUGUCCCGAUGACCCCUACAAUCCCAUGUGCUUCACCGCCUGCACUGUCACCAGCGCAACACCUCAAACCACCACAGUCACUAAACAACAGGCCUCACUUCCUGCCCCUCCCACCAAGUCGGACACAGACACAGAGGAGAAGGAAAGCAGCGUCCCUCCUUCAUCAGAGGAUGACGAAGAAGAACAGCUAUGGAAAGCUCUCUGCCAAAAGGAUGACCCGUACCACCCUCUUAACUUUCAGGCCUGCCUGCAGAGCUCCCCAACAACUACACUCCAGUGUGGAGAAGAUCCAGAUGCCCUCUAUGUCCACCACACAAAAAAUCCACCCACAAAGGGCAAGAAAUGUGAAAAAGAGACAAAAACAAAUCGAAAAUCCAGAGUCACCAAGCCCUCCCGGCCAGAGAGGCAGUUAAAGCAUCACUCCCAUCCAGACAAAACACUGGUGCCCUGGAAAAGACCUGGACAAACACCUCAGUCGCUGCCAGAGGAGACGAAGGACAGCAAAGUCAGCACAAGCCAGAAAAGGAAGGUGCGAUUUUCUCCUCUGGUCCAAGUCCACGUCAUGCGGACCUGGCAGUUUGCCCGCCAGGCCUCUCGUAAAGGACACUGGGAAGAGAUGGCGCGAGACCGGGACCGCUUCCGGAGGCGUGUCCAGGAAACGGAGCAGGCCAUCGGUCACUGCUUCACCCAGCAACACAGAGAGAGGAUGCGGGCGUAUCUGGAUGGUGCCUUGAAAUAAGUCAAAUUCCUGAACACUGAAUGUUUUAUUUCCUUUUCGGAUGAGAACUUGUGAUUGGUUGCAAUGCAACAGUGAUUUUGAUUUAGGCCAAUUAGAAAUUUGAUGUUAGGCCAACUUUUAAUGUUCGGUGUCAAGUUGAACAACUUUGUACCUCAAAAGGUUUUAUACAUUUUGUGACUGUUGCACUGACUGACACUUUCUCAUAUUAACCUCAGCAUUAACGUGUGGAAUGUUGUUUUUGUAUGCCUUAUAUACUGACCUAGUAAUGUAACUUAUUUAUGCCCUAUGGAGCUUGUUGUUUAUUUUUUACUGGUGAUUUUAACUGUUUGUGUUUUGAUAUGUGUGAAGAAACCACAGUGGUAAAUCUAGAAGUUCAAAGUAGAUGAUGAUGAUAUCGUCAGAAAGCAGAGCUUUACAGUGCAAAGUGUUUUGAAAAGUGUUUUGUUGAAGCAUGAUGUAUAAAUAUGAUGUUCUGGCGUGAUUCUUGUCUUGGUCAAAUAUUAUGUUCUUGAUAUUUAAGUUUUGUCUUGUGUUUGCUUAUUUAAUGGCACAUACGUCCAGUGUGGAGAUGGAUGUCUUUAUUGUUUUACCGACUGGAAAGAUUCAAACACUUUGUCUCAUUGUAACUCAUUCAGCUUCUCAUGGUAACAUCAUGUAGCCAGAAAUGUGUCCAAAAAAACAUCUGUAGCAAAUUUUGUUAUUAGGUGCUUUGCAAAAUCAAUAAAAAAUUUGUUACACUAAA